GUCCUGUGCUAGGACUGAUCACCAACAUUGACAAUCAGGGUUAUCUGGAGGAGGCUGAAAACCUCACACUGUGGUGUCAGCUCAACAAUCACUAAUAGGACAAAGGAGCUGGCCAUCAAAUUAGGGAAGCAGUGCAAGAGGAGCUACAGCACACUCUACAUCAAUGGGACCCCUGUGGAAUCCUGCACUUCAAAUAUCUGGGAGCUCCGAUAUACAAGGUCUAAUAUAGUCAGCACACACUGAGGUGGUGGUGAAGAAGGUGCAACAGCAUCUUUAUUGUCUCUGAGCACUGAUAGAGAUCAAAUUGCCCUUUCACAUCCAUACCUAUUUCAACCACUGAAAGCAUCCCGACAGGCCACAUGUGUAGAACCAAGAAUAAUCUGGACCACAAAGCUCUGAAAAGCCAAGUGUACCACUAGGGAGCAUUUGCCAGACCUGCAGAAAAUCUACACCCUGCAAUGGAGAGAAAUCCAGGAGGACAAUCAAGUACUCUGCUAUUUAAAGUACAGGAUUGGGCAGCUGUACAUGAUCAGCAAACACAGCCACGAGCAGAGCGAUCGAGGCGAGGGCGUGGAGGUGGUGCAGAACGAGCCGUUUGAGGACCCCACAUACGGUUCCGGCCAGUUCACAGAGAAACGCGUCUAUCUCAACAACAAGCUUCCCAGCUGGGCACGAGCCGUUGUUCCCAAGAUCUUCUAUGUAACAGAGAAGGCAUGGAACUAUUACCCCUACACAAUCACCGAGUACACAUGUUCUUUCUUGCCGAAGUUUUCCAUUCACAUAGAGACAAAAUACGAGGACAACAACGGCUGCAAUGACAAUAUUUUUGACGAGCCCAGAGAUGAGGACACUGAGGUGUGUUUCAUUGACAUUGCAUAUGAUGAAAUCCCAGAGCGUUACUUCAAAGAAUCUGAGGAUUUACGCUACUUUAAGUCAGAGAAGACUUCACGGGGUUCGCUGCAGGAGGGCUGGAGAGACACUCAGGACCCCAUCAUGUGCUCCUAUAAGUUAGUGACGGUGAAGUUCGAGGUGUGGGGCCUGCAGACACGCGUGGAGCACUUUGUUCACAAGGUGAUAAGGGAUGUGCUGUCACUAGGUCACAGACAGGCCUUUGCCUGGGUGGAUGAGUGGAUUGACAUGACAAUGGAGGAGGUGAGAGAGUACGAGCGUGCCACACAGGAAGCCACCAAUAAGAAGCUAGGCACAUUUCCCCCAGCCAUCAACAUCAGCACGACGCCUCUGCCAUCGUGCGCACACAGCGGACCAUCCAGUGCCCCAUCAACCCCUCUCUCCACAGAAGCCCCAGACUUCCUCUCUGUGCCCAAAGACAGACCACGCAAGAAAUCAGCACCAGAGGCUCUUACACUCCCUGAUCCAGCCAGACGAGACUCCAGCUAUCGGCUGCCGAGCCUCUUCUCCUGGGGAUCCAGCUCCCGUCAGCCUGAAUGACCCACCUAUGGAAGAGCCCAAGAUCAGUAAUGCAGCUUUCAGAAAAGUGUCUACUAGGCACACACUUACAGCAAGCCAGUCUCUGUUUAAACUAGGAGAGAGGCACAAAUACACACGCAAAGUGGCUUUCCAACCUCUCCAAGCUCUUACUGUACACAGGGGUUCAGUCGAGAUCUAAUCUGCCGUUGAAAAGUGCAUUCCAGCUUUUCAAAAGAAACUUAGUUCACAGUUUACAAUAACUCAGGAGUUGUUUGUGUUACCCUUUUUUCCUUACUACUAGUUAUGUAGUUUUAUUAUUGCAGAUGGACUGACUGUGUAUGCUAUUUGAGGUGGAAUAUACUGUACAAAAUACAUGAUUUUAAUGGAAUAGAUCCUGAUCCACAUCUAAAAUAAUGCAGAGUUUCAACAUUUUCAAUGUAUUUUUGAGUAGAUGCUGGUGUUUGGUUUUAAUUUUGGUUGAAUGACUAGUUUGGCACUGCUGUCCAGUACAGAAAAGGUCCCAGUGUUGAUGAGUAUUGUAAUAAAUGUGCAACGGAUCAUAAGAAUAUCAUAAGACUGGACUGAUUUUGCAAAGCAAAAAAAUGCCUCUAAUUCUUAACAAUAGUGUCAGCCCUGAAAACCACUGGACCUACUGUUCUGUCUCAGUCUAUUGCUGGAUAUGUGGACUACCAAGUUUCUGUAUAUACUGUAUCUCAUCAUCAUCCUUAAUUAACGAUCACCUAUUAUUCAUUAACGUUACCAUUUAUGAUAAUUAAGUAUAUUGUAUUUUUCAUGCUAUUUUCAUGGUAUAACAGUAUGUGGUGCGUUAUCGUAUGUAAAUAGAAAAUCUGGUGUGCAAGGAAUACUUUCCAGGAUGUCUUGAAUGCUGUAUACUCUUCAUGUGCAAAGGAAUGCUUGCUGUUGGACAAUGUGUACUUUGUGAAUGUAUAGGCUUGUUGCUGUCAUUUGAUCACAUAAAAUCGGUUUCAUUCUUUUCUGAGAGACGUCAGCAUCAAGCACAUGGCCAUAUGAAUCAGUUCUUUGAUGUAAACAUCUGGCAUGAAAAUAAAGCUUUAACUCUUGACUGGGCAUGUAGUUAAUUCGCCUUACAGUUGCUUUACCAUCCACGUUGCAAUUGUUCCUUUCUAUACUCAAUUUUCGUGAACCUCUCUUGCAGCUCAUUCUGUCAGUAGCAUUUGUUCACUCCUGCUCACGCUAACAUGAGGCUGCAUUUAACGGUAACUUAGCAACAAGAUAUUUGCAGAGGAUAAUAG